AGCUGUAAAAACACUCUUGUCGUCGCCUUCGUGUGGUUUUUGGACGAUAAUGACAACAAAAGGGAUAUUGUAACAGAAGCGUUUUUGGUUUCUUUGGCUUGCUUUGACGUAGAAAUGAAGUGUCACUGCUUUAUGCUGCUGCCGCACAGCGCAGAGCGGAAAACGUGCAGCAGGCCUGUCACUUGAUGUUUUACUUAUUUUAUUAGCCAAACUUUGCCGUAUGGAUCACCUUUACCAUCAGCUGCCGAGCACCCCGUCUCAUAAACACACGUGUCGCAAACUCUGGUAUCACAGAAAAGUCUCUUUUUAUCAGCUGUGAUUCGACUUCCUUUUGUUGUUUAUGUGCUCUUGUUGCAAUUUUUUAUUUUUUCGACAGCACCGGAAGGCACCAUGAGCUAAUGUGGUUUCGAGGUUGAAAUAUCCUACAAAUGGCAAGAAGAGAGCUCUGUUGUCUCAAUGGAUUUAUCGAUCUCCGUUUCCCGUCAUGCAUGCAGCUGGGCCUCUAGCCUGCGCUUUGUAGACCCCGCCCGUUGAGUAAGAGUGCUGCCAGUAGGUGGAGGCUGCUCUCCUCCUUCUUCUAGCCUCCCUUUUAUCACCUCUGCCCCUCUCAGCCCCAGAGUUCCCUAUGCUAACCCUGCUGAGCAUGUUUUACUAUAUCUGUCUGCGGCGACGCUCCAGGAGUGGGACUCGCGGCGAGGCGCUGACCAGUCGGCGGGCCGUGGAGUCUGGCCAGCGGGCGGUGCUGCCGGUAAGUGUGGAGGUGGAGCAGUAUGCCAAGGAGGUUCUGGACUUCAGCUCCCACUAUGGCAGCGAAAACAGCAUGUCCUACACCAUGUGGAACCUGGCCGGGGUGCCCAAUGUCUACCCCAGCUCCGGGGACUUCACCCAGACUGCCGUGUUCAGAGCUUACGGGACAUGGUGGGAACAAUGUGCCAGCGCACCACCGCCUUUCCGACGCACGCCGAAAGGCUUCCGAAGCCAGGACUAUAUUGAACUGGCAUUUGAGGAGCCCGUCUACCCCACAGCAGUGGAGGUGCUUGAGACUUACUACCCGGGGGCCAUUGUCCAGAUCCUGGCCUGCUCCCUCAACCCGUUCUCCCAGAACCCACCUACUGAUGUCAGAUGGGAGGUGCUGUGGUCAGGGGAGCCCACCAAGGUUCUGACCCCCCAGGCACGCCAGUUCUCCCCCACCAUCAAGCAGCUCAGCUUCCCCACCAACCUGCUGCGUCUGGAGGUCAACAGCUCUCUGCUGGAGUACUACACCGAGCUGGACGCCGUCAUCCUGCGCGGGGUGAAAGAGAGGCCCAUCCUGGCUCUCUAUAAGAUGCCCGUCAUCGACAUCAGCGACCUGAGUGACAGCGAGGAGGAGCUGUCUGAUGUGGGAGGCCCGUUCAGACAAGGAGGGGACGGCAAGCACCAGAACACAGGGAAUGGAUACUUUGACAGACUUCCCUACGAGCUGAUCCAGCUGAUACUGAGCCACCUGACCCUGCCAGACCUCUGCCGUCUGGCCCAGAGCUGUAAGCUGCUGCACCAGCACUGUUGCGACCCGCUGCAGUACACCCAGCUGAGUCUGCAGCCCUACUGGGCCCGGCUGAGUGAUGCCUCCCUGGGGCACCUGCAGAGCCGCUGCACCCUCCUCCAGAGGCUCAACCUGUCCUGGACCGGCAACCGCGGGGCUCUCACCCCGACUGGCUUCAGCAGCUUCAUGAAGGCUUGUGGCCACAGCCUGGUGUGUCUGGAGCUGUCCUGCUGCCACUUCCUGACCGAGGCCUGUCUGGAGGUCGUCUCCCAGACUUGUCUGGGACUGCAGGAGCUCAACCUGUCCUCCUGCGACCGGCUCCAUCCGCAGGCCUUCACGCACAUCUCCAAACUAACGCGCCUCCGCAGGCUGGUGCUUUACCGUACCAAGAUAGAGCAAACAGCUAUUCUGAGCAUCCUGACCUUCUGCAUAGAGCUGAGGCACCUCAACCUAGGGAGCUGUGUGAGGAUUGAGGACUAUGACGUCGUGGCCAGUAUGCUGAGCGCUCGGUGCCGCUCCCUCUGCUCUGUGGAUCUGUGGCGCUGCAGGAACCUGACAGAGCGAGGCCUGGCUGAGCUGGUCUCUGGCUGCAGGAUGCUGGAGGAGCUGGACCUCGGCUGGUGUCCCACGCUGCAGAGCAGCUCCGGAUGUUUCCAGCAUCUCGCCCGCAACCUGCCACGCCUCCGCAAACUCUUCCUCACUGCCAAUCGCACCGUCUGCGACUCGGACGUGGAGGAGCUGGCUGCCAACUGCCCUGCACUGCAGCACCUUGACAUACUGGGUACGCGAAUGGUUAGCGCUGCUUCCCUGAAGAAACUUCUGCAGUCGUGUCCACAGCUUCUCCUCCUCGACGUCUCCUUCUGCUCCCAGAUAGACACCCGGGUCGUCCAGGAGCUCUCUGCCCUCUUCCCCAACGUGGCCAUCAAGAAGAGCUUCACUCAGUGACACCCCCACCUCCCCCACCACCACCUCACCCCAAUCACCCAUCCAUCACCACCUAAUUUCCCACUGCUCAAAGGAACUUACACAGGAGAGCGGGGCGCUCCCAGCAGACGUUGCCCCACAGGGAAUCAGAAACAAGUCAGAUUCUGGAGGAAACUGCAGAUUUGUUCAUGUUUGUAUUAGAGACAAGGCCUUCUUCAAAUGAUAGUUGGACUGAGUCACUGGAAAUCGGCUGAACACAAACAACUAGAGACUCCCAGUCACAGGACUGCUGAAUGUGACAACAUUUUCUUGUUGCUGUUGUUGUUGUUGUUGUGUGUGUUUUUUUUUUUUUUUUUUUUUUUUUUGGACUUGAUGAAAUCAGGGUCGUGGCUGUAAAGCUGCUAGAUUUCCCCAGAAUCUGAAUCAUCACCUAUUUAUUGCCAAGUAACACGAGGCUAAGAAAUAUGCCUUGGUAUCAAACACAAGACAAAGUGUCGUGAGAAAACAUUUGUGGGCAGUCCUCCCUUUUUGAGAAUCUUAUUAGUACGGUGAAAAGAGAUGGGAAAGUGUGAAAGCAUAUACUUGUGGUAAAUUAUGCCAGAAAGGCUGCAAUUUGGCAGUUGCAGACUAAUGUUGAUGGCUGGUAACAUAAUUAGAGGUCAGAGCCUUGGUCAGUGCCUUCUCAGAUUACACAACGAUAAUGGGUUGUUAUAAUGCGAGAGGGUCAGUGAUGCAAUCAGAGCUCUGAGUUGUUGAGCCAUCGUUAAGAAAUCCAAUAACAUCAAACCAGUUAUAUUUAACAAGAAAAUCUGCAUCUUCCUGUGGUGUGGGAAGGUGUCAAGACCUUUUGAAGAUGGAAACAAAGAGAACAAGCAAGAGGAGGCAACCUUGUUUCUCAUAAUGUCUCAUAAUGUAUGUACUAUGGACAUGGGCAAGAGCUGGAAUCUUUUCCCUUCACACCAAGAUCACACUUAAUCUGAAACGCAUCUGUGUUGCUGCAACCACUACAGAACUCUGCUCAAGGAUCUUAUGUUGAAAAGAAACACUACAUAAACUCGUACAUCUCUGUCUCCAUCACAAAAACCUCCCUGAGAGCAAGCCAAAAAACAUAGAUAUGUGUUUUAUAUGUUAUGAAUGCAUUUGUAGACAAAAAUCCUACAUGUUCGAUCGAUUCCUGCAUUUGAAUUGAAAGAACUUUUUUUGGAGACUAACACAUUUCAGUGCAUUAUUUGUGAUCCUGGCCUUACUGUCCAUAGUGCAUGGGUGCCUUCUAAGGCCAAACAUUAAAGGCCUAAAUGAAACUCGAAGCAGAUGGUUUUUCUUUUAGUGGACUGGACCCUCAAAGAAAGUGGCCAGAACCAACUAAAAUAUUCCCAGUUUAUUCAGUCAGAAAUGAAUUAUUAAGAUAUCUGAAAUAGCUUAAUUUUUACCAUCACUGGUAACCCCAAGCACAUUUAAAGAUCUCCUAAUAUUAUCUACAGACAGCUGACAAGGGAAAAAACGACAACAUAAAGUGUCUCAGUAAGGCGUCGGGCCAACACAAGCCACCAGAACAGCAUCAGUACGCCUUGGCAUAGCUUCUUCAAGUCUCUGCAGCUCCACUGGAGGGAUGGAGCACAUUGUGUCACCGGCCCAUAUAAACCAUCUUAGUAGACAGACUCUAGCCCCACAAACACAGAAACCUAAAAAUAAUGUCCAAGUGCAUUACUUGAAAUUAAGCAGACUGUUUUUGAGCAACUGUUGAACACUAUCCUGUCCUUAACCAUCAAAAUUUGGGUUCAGGUUUUUAUGUUAGCCUUUAAUAUUUGAAACAUCACAGGCCAGCAUUUAAUUAAAUGAUAAUUAGUGAGUUGGUGGUAGUUGUGUGAGUUUAGGUCACACAGGUCUUACAAUUCCUUAGCAGUUCUUUUGUUUUCUUUGGUUUUAAGCGAAAAGGGGACGCUGUGCUUCUCGGAUAUGGAUGUAACACUCUGAAAGUCAACCACCAGUUCCACAAAGUUCUUAUGACAUCGCAUGCCUCUCCUUUGUCAUAAACACUGAUAAAGAGCUGUUGGUUACAAUAACCCACUGUUGCAUGAUUACAGCCACCUAUUGUUUGCCUACCAUAAUGACUGGUGAUAUAAUGGUGUACUGUGAAUUAAGCUGAGGUAAGUAUUUUAACUUGACACACAAUGUAAUUAUCUGACCUCAGCGUUUGUCCUGAAACUCAGGGGUUCUAUAGUUAAUCUGGUUUUAAGUUUUAUAAAUGUUUUGAUCCAGAAACCAGCAGAACUGGCGUCUUUAUGAAGAGCAACAUUAGACUGAGUCAGGUUUGAGUUUCACUGCCAUCAGUACAAAAUCCAUCACAGAUGACACAAAAAUUAUCACUGAGCACUGAUGUGACUGAAAGGAAAAAUAAUUUUGCUUAUUUGGUAUUGAAUAUUGCAGUAAUUGUAUGAUUGUGAAAAAUAUAUUCUUAAUUAUUUAUUGAUUUUUGUAAUAUAUUAAGCCACAUUUGCAGUGUGGCGGAAGUGCUUGAAAAGCAUUUCUUUUGUGCAAAAACUUGAAGUUUCUUUUUGAGCACAUGCUACUUAGUAUGUGAAGUAUAUUUGUGCCUUAUACCCAUGAUUGAAUGUGGUGUGAUUUCCAUGUGUUAUUGAUUGUAGUGAAGUGCUUUGCUUUCAUGCCCUUCAACCAAAGUAAUAAGCAGAAAUCUGGUCUUAAGCACCACAACUAUAUGUGACCAGUUAAUAUGCCAUGCACUGUAUAUCAGCCAUGUAAAUUAAUAUGCAAAGUAAUGUUUAUCUGUAUUACCCUCUCUGAAAGAACUAUUCCUCAAAUACAUUUUCCUUUUGUUGAAGUCUACCUUUAGUAUGUUUAAAGCCAUUAAAUCUCAGUCUCAGCGCUAUUUAAAAGACAUGUAAUGACGGGGCGUGUUGACAAUAUGACACCAAUGUGUAGAUACACCGGCCCUCCCAUUCAAAUAAAUGCAAUCACUGGGUCAAUGAGUGGAAUAUAAGUAGCUGAAGCUGAAAGCAGCCAGCUGAUAUAACUGGUCGCUUGGAAGCCAGGAUGUGCGUAUUUAUCUUCUGUUACCUGACACCCAAAUUCAGGGAUUGAUUUGAAGGAUAUUUUAAUAUUACUACUCCUCAAAAUUACAGUGCUGACAAUGUGUAAUGUGUAUAGCAUCUAAUGGUGACAAAGCAUUUGUUUGGUAAGGCAGUCUAAUUAAAAAUGCACAUCCUUCAGUGGUCAUAAAACACUCUUCAAGCUCAAGUUCAUUAAUUUAUAUAGCCCUUCAUCACAAAUAUGUCUCAGCAGACUUUACAAAAAAAAAAAAGGUCACUAUUUAGCCAAUGGGGCAAUUCAAGUCAAUAUUUUACAAUCUUUUUCCUUGAUUCUUGAUUCUUCUUGAUUCCCUUGAGUCAUAGGGAUAAUGAUUCAUUUUUACCUGCUGUUCUGUUCUGAAUGCUUUUGUUUUUUUUUUUCUCCUUAUCCUACUCUGGAUAUGUGAUCAACCUUUGUGCCAUUUGUAUAAAGUGAUGCUCCCUGUGCUGCAGUGUGAAACCUCUGAGGUGAGAUAGCUCCCAUUGCUCUGUUAGAAGAUAGCCACUGUUGAGUAAAAAAAAGGUUGUGCCUCUGAUAUGAUGAAACUGGGUGCUUUGAUUUUACCAGAUUUUAAAUAAACUGAAGUCUGAUGACUGAUACAGAA